AUGAGUACCAGUAAUAUUCAAGGCCUUGCAAGCAGAUAUAACAAUCAUUUUGAGGCGUGGAAAAAGGUCCAAAUAGCCGUUCAGAUAAAUUUAAAGGCACUGGCAAUAAUACUACAGAAAUUUCUGCUAUUCAGCCUGAAGGAUUCUGCAGAUGAAGGCAGCGAAACAGUGGAUAGAAUAAUCAAAUCAUAUCAGAACAAAGAAGACGAGUCUGAAGCAAAUUUAGCGGAAAGUUACUCUGCAGUAUUUGAAGAAUGUUGUCAAUCGAAGCUGGACUCUUUGCCCUCGGAUUCAGUACUUGUGUGUUCACUCAUAGUAAAUCACCCAGGAACUAUUACCUUGUUUUUACAAGAACAAAGCAACAAACUGUUGCAAAUGAUAUCGGAAAUAAGCUGCCUGUAUGACACUUUUAGGUCAAAACACCUGGCAAAAAUGACACAAAUACGCGAAGAAUGUGAGGUGAUAAUAAAUCGCAAUAUUAAUAUAAAAACACACGAUCUCCAAGAAGAAAAAGAACGAAACUCACAACAAAUCAACUUCAUAGUUGAAACUUUUCAUGGAAUUUCAGAGGAGAUUAACGAAAUCAAAAACUUCUGUAAGAAUAUGGACACAUAUCCAAAUCAGGAAGAUAAAAUAAAAAAGUAUCUCGAAUUCCUAGAAAAUUUUAAAUUUUUUAAAAAGUAA